CUCCCACUUUUCCCUCUUAGGAUCUGUAAUACGCCUCCCAAGUGGAUCUCGUUUCUUCGGGAAGCACUGCUGUGCAGCCCAGUCUCAUGCAUGUUUACUCAGAAGCCCAGGAGUGGCCUGACUUGAGAGCUGCUUCCUGCUUUGAAGUGCAUCGUGGUAACACCUGAGAGAGUCCCAGGAGUGUCCCAGUUUACGCCUCCAUUCCCUCUGUCUUCCACAGGCAGCGCAAUGGCCUCAGAGGCACCGUUUGGACCGUCUCAUCUUAGGGGUGGGAUGGAAAGAGGUUCCAGGCAGCUCCCUCAGGCCCUCUUGACCUUUGAGGAGGUGGCUGUGUUUUUUACGGAGGAGGAGUGGGCUCUGUUGGAUCCAGGCCAAAGAGCUCUGUACAAGGAAGUCAUGGAGGAGAAUUAUGAGAUGGUGGCCUCUUUAGAAUCAGACCUCAGUUCCUGUUGGGAAGAAAGACAAGAUCCAUUUCUCCUGGUCCCUAAAGAAGGGGAGAUAUCAGAAGGUAAUGGGGAGAGGAGAGAGAAUUAUGAGGAGCCGUCAGGAAAUGUGGAGCAUGAAGCAGGGAAAGAGACACUUGUAAAUCAGCUGUCACGCCAAAAGCAUGUAGGCAGAAACGUGUCAAAUAAUGAGAAAAGGAAGUCUUCCACUACUCAGGACAUUGGUGUCCAUGUAACCCUGAACUCACAGGAGGAAUGCACAGGAAGAAGCAGUGUGGAGUGUGAAAAGAGCUUCACUCAGAGUGGAAGCGUUGGUUUGCAUCAAAGAACCCAAACGGGGAAGAAAGCGUUUCAAUGCACAGAAUGUGGAAAGAGCUUAAGCAGUGCUGGUAACCUUAUUAAGCAUAAGAAAACCCACAGAGGGGAGAAACCAUUCAAAUGCAUGGAGUGUGGAAAGAGCUUCAGCCAGAGCGGAAACCUUAUUGCCCACCAGAGAAUCCACACUGGGGAAAAACCAUUUAAAUGUAUGUUGUGUGGAAAGAGCUUCAGUCUCAAUCACCAUCUUACUUUACAUCAAAGAACCCACACUGGGGAGAAACCGCAUAAAUGCAUGGAGUGUGGAAAGAGCUUCUGUACAAGCAGUUUGCUUAUCGCACAUCAAAGAACCCAUACUGGGGAGAAACCAUUUAAAUGUAUGCUGUGUGGAAAGAGUUUCAGUCUCAAUCACCAUCUUACAAUACACCAAAGAGUGCACACUGGGGAGAAUCUGCAUAAAUGCAUGGAGUGUGGAAAGAGCUUCAGUUAUAAGAGUGCACUUACUUUACAUCAAAGAACCCACACUGGGGAGAAACCAUUUAAGUGUAUGGAGUGUGGAAACAGCUUCAGACAAAGAAGAAGCCUUACUGCACAUCAAGGAACCCACACUGGAGAGAAACCCUAUGUAUGCAUGGAGUGUGGAAAGAGCUUCAGUUGUAGGAGUGCAAUUACUGUGCAUCAAAGAGCUCACACUGGGGAGAAACCAUUUAAAUGUAUGGAGUGUGGAAAGAGCUUCAGUCGGAAUGGAAGCCUUACUACACAUCAAAGAACCCACACCGGGGAGAAGCCGUUUGAAUGCAUGGAGUGUGGGAAGAGCUUCAACCGGAGGACUGCACUAACGGUACAUCAAAGAGAGCACACUGGGGAGAAACCAUAUGAAUGCAUGGAGUGUGGAAAGAGCUGCAGUUGUAGGAGUGAACUUACUUUACACCAAAGAACCCACACGAAGGAGAAACCGUAUGAAUGCAUGGAGUGUGGAAAGAGUUUCAGUUGUGCGAGUGCACUUACAUUUCAUCACAGAACCCACACUGGGGAGAGACCAUUUAACUGCAUAGAGUGUGGAAAGAGCUUCAGAUAUAGCGGAAGUCUUACUGUACAUCAAAGAGCCCACACUAGGGGAAACCAUUAAAAUGUAGAGAGUGUGGAAAGCGCUUCAGUGGGAGUGAAGACCUGACUGCAUCUGAGAACUCACACAGGGGAGAACGCCUCUAAGUGAUUGGAUUACAGUGGUGCCUCGCAAGAUGAAAUUAAUCCGUUCCGC